AUGUCCCAAACAUUCACCCCGGCCGACGUAUCCGCGCACAACAAUCCCGACAAGGGAAUGUACAUCAUCAUCGACAACAGCGUCUACGACGUCACCAAGUUCGUCGAUGAGCAUCCCGGUGGCGCGAAGAUCUUGAAAAGGGUAGCGGGCAAGGAUGCUUCGAAGCAGUUUUGGAAGUAUCACAAUGAGGGCGUGCUGAAGAAGUAUACGCCCAAGUUGAAGAUUGGGGAGGUUAAGGAGACGGCGAAGUUGUGA